UUCCAUCCGUGUUACAAGCAGUAAAUCAGUGGGGACUCCGACAGCUCCUGUUCUGCCCUCUCCCUCAGGUAGUGGGUGCAGCCAGCGGGAUUUACGUCCAUGAUUCAGACUCACACAGCAGGAAGAGUUACAUCACCAGAGGGCAAACACUCUCUGCCGUUAGGUAGGGAGAAAAAACACAAAACCCCACCUGCUCGUCUUAACCCUCUUCUACCCUCACCUCACCUGGGUUACUUACAGAGGACACUUUCUCAACCAACAAACCUGACAGGGUCUCUACUGAUAAGGAUUAUAAGACUCAGGUAAGAGACAAGAGUAGCUAGGCUGUUAAAUCCAGGAUUUAGAGAAUUUUCUGGGGAAGUGGCACCAGUUCGCUCUCUCAAGGUUGUUCACGGUGCUUCUCCCGCUGCAGUUGAACAAGCCUCAUCAUGUCAGGAGAAACAGUGUCACAGUCUACAGGUAUCAGCCCUAGCCUGGCUUCCUGAUAGAGACCGACGUGUGGGUGUUUGAUACAGAUGCCUUGUGUACACAGCAGUACAGAGCUUUUUUCUAAGGUGGUAGACUGCAUUUAGGCUUAAUCUCAGAAGUGAACCAAAGGACAUCAACAGGACCAGGUAAGAUGCCACUGAAGAUGUCUCUGUGCCGUAAGCCAGCCUCGGCCCGCUGGUCUAGGACCCAGAAGCGCAGGGAGGUGCUCUCUGUCAACAUGAUCAGCCUCCCAUUGGCCGACUUCUGCCACGUUGCCCACAUCGGGAACAAUGCCAGCAGUGACAGCUUCGGGGACCUGUCCUUUCUGAAGGGGGGCCACAGCCUGAUACUGCACAGCUCUCAGAGCGAACAUAACCUCUUCCUGGCCUGCUACCCUCCACCCAAACCCCCACGACUUAACCUGGGUGAGGCCGAGGCCCUAAAGAUCCCAGAGUGGACCAGGGCCCACAGCGCCUCAGAGAGGAGGAAGGAGUACCGAUCCUUGCCCAUGCUGGACAGUGAGGAGGGCGAGGGGGCGAUCGAGGCCAGUGUUAGCCCCAGUCACGGGGUCAUGGUCAGUAGCCACAGUCCUGGCCGGGGCAGUCUGAGCUCUGGCAGGGAUGGAGAUUCCACUCAGACCUGCCAUGAGAACACACUGCAGCUGGAUGAGGUGGACAACAGCUUCUCCUUCAGCCUGGACCUGGGCCCCUCCAUCCUGGACGAUGUGCUGCAGGUCAUGGACAGGCUCCACUAUUAGAGGAACAGCCA